AUGAAUUAUUUCGUAUUAUUUUUUGUAUUUUUCAUAUUUCCAAUAUUAAACAAUGCACAAACAGUUGAAUCGAAUAACUCCCUAAUCAAUACACCAUGGUUUUGGCCAUUCUUAAUUCUUUGUUUAGGACUAUUAUUUACUAUACCAUGUACAUUAAUAAUGAUUGUUAUAAUGUAUCAUAAAAAAAAACAAUUAAAUGAUUCUAAUGAAUCAAGUAUAAGUUCAAAUUCAUCACCAACACCUAUUCAACAACGACCAAGACGAUAUCAUUCUCGUUUUCAACCUUCACAUUAUGUUGGAGGCGUUUCUAGUCCACCACCACCGUAUACAAUAAAUGAACAUUUAUCUGUUACUCCUUCUCUUCCUCCAUCAUAUGAAUCUUGUGUAAUUGAAAAUGAAUCAAUACCUAUAACUACAAAUCCCACAACAACAGAAACAAUAAUUAAUGUUGAACCAAUAGAAAGUAUUAGCAAUCAAUCAACAAAUUUAAAUCUUUCAUCAAUUUCAACUAAUUCAUCAAUUCAAACAUUUCAAGUUUGA